AUGGCUCUCUUUCAAUUCAUUGUCGCGCACACCACGCGCCUCCUUGCGAUACUCAUUCUGCUCACCGCAGUCCUUGGUCCCCAUGCCGUCAUCGCUCGGUCCGGCCCCGGCAAGCGACGGCGGGGCGUCCCACUUCCACCGGGCCCCCCGGGUAGGCCGAUCCUAGGCCACCUUCAUAUCCCUUCGACCGAGAACCCCGAAAACGCAUAUGCCGCGUGGUCCGAGGAAUACAAGUCUGACGUGUUAUACUUCAAUAUACUGGGACAAGACGUCGUCGUGCUCAACUCGGUGCGUGCCGCCGUGGACCUUCUAGACAGGCGCGGGGCGAACUACUGCGACCGCCCGCGCUUCGUUCUGUUUGAGGAAAUGGAUUGGAGGAAGACUUUGACGUUCCUGAGAUGGGGCCCUGAAUUUCGGAUGCACCGAAGUAUCUUGCGAAAGAGCUUCUCCCGGACUAACAUUGUGGCAUACCGCGAGCUGCAACAGAGGGAGGCUUCGACGUUGGUAGAAGGUCUCAUGGGGGACCCUACGUCUUGGGAAACCGCCUUACGGAGGUUUGCGACUGCGGUGAUGAUGAACAUUGGAUUCGGGGUCGACGUAGAAAGCGACGACGACUCCUAUGUUCAGAUAGCUGCAGAUGCGUCGUAUGCCCUUGGCCAUGCAGGGGCGCCAGCUGGUACCCCAGUGGACUUCUUCCCCUUCCUAACAUAUCUGCCAAACUGGCUGGUCAGAGACCGCUCCCUCAGAUUUGCGAGGGACUGGAAAUGGGCCAUCCGGCGCCUCCACGACGUGCCGUACUCGGAAAGCUUUCGAGUUUCGAUGGACGACAUAAAAGGGGCUGCAGGGGCCGUCUACGCCGCGGGGCAGGACACGACAUGGGCUACACUGAUCGUGCUCGUCCUCAACAUGACCCUCCACCCCGAAGUGCAGAAGAAGGCUCAAGUUUUGAUCGACGAGGAGACUUUACGAUGGUGCCCCGUAUCUCCUCUCGGGGUGCCGGACCGAUCAUUGGAAGACGAUAUAUACAACGGCAUGUUCAUUCCCAAAGGCUCCGUCGUCUACGCCAAUGCUCGCGCGAUGACGCAAGAUGAGCGUGCUUACUUCGAUCCCGGGCGUUUCAACCCAGAUAGGUAUUCCCCUGCGGAUCAAGGCGGCUACGGCGAGCCGUUCCCUGUGGGACAAUUCGGCUUUGGCAGGAGAUUACCUUUCCUUGCCGCAUGA